UGUGCGCUACAGUAGUACCGGAGGAUGAACACGGACAGCGGCUGCACGGUGGCUCCCCUCCCUGGCAAAAGCAGCCGGGGAGAAAGCUGAACUGGGGGAUGGUUAAUAUGCAGAAGAGGCUUUUCCUCAUCGAUAGCUAAACGGGAUAUAAGGAGUGCAAAGAUGACUGAGGGCAGACUUUGCCAAGUGCAGCUGCUGGAUGACAGGAAGCUGGAGCUGCUGGUUCAGCCUAAGCUGCUGUCGUACGAACUCCUCGACUUGGUUUCCUCCCACUUCAACCUCAAAGAGAAGGAAUUCUUUGGACUGGCAUUUUUUGAUGACAAUGGUCAGCGUAAAUGGUUGCAGAUGGACCGCAGAGUUCUCGAACAUGACUUUUCAAAGAAGUCUGGGCCCAUUGCCCUCAACUUCCUGGUCAGGUUUUACGUAGAAAACAUAACACAGCUUAAGGACAUCAUAACAGUGGAGUUAUUCUUCCUGAAUGCAAAAUCUGCUGUCUACAAUGAGAUUAUAGAAGUGGAAAGUGAGAACGUCUUCAAAUUAGCUGCAAAUGCUUUGCAGGAGGCGAAGGGAGACUACACAAGUGAUGAAAACACUCGAGCUGACUUGAAGAAACUUCCAACUCUUCCCACCAAAGUACUCAAGGAACACCCAUCACUUGCAUACUGUGAGGAUCGAGUAAUUGAAUAUUACAAACAGCUGAAAGGAGUCUCCCGAGGACAGGCCAUUGUGCAGUAUUUGACGUUGGUGGAAUCGUUGCCCACAUAUGGUGUGCAUUAUUAUGAAGUUAAGGAUAAACAAGGGAUCCCGUGGUGGCUUGGAAUCAGCUAUAAGGGCAUUGGCCAGUAUGACCUGCAGGAUAAAUUAAAACCUCGAAAGCUUUACCAGUGGAAACAGCUGGAAAACUUGUACUUCCGGGAGAAGAAAUUUGCUGUAGAAGUUAAUGAUCCACACAGGAGAGCAGUAACCAAGCGCACCUUUGGGCAGACGGGCCUACUCAUACACACGUGGUAUGCCAGCCAUUCUUUGAUCAAAACCAUUUGGGUCAUGGCUAUCAGCCAGCACCAGUUCUACUUGGACAGAAAGCAAAGCAAAACUAAAUUAGGAACAGCAAGAAGUGUAGAGGAAAUUGCCAUGGAUCUCACAGAGCACGGAGGAGCAAAAAUAAACAGACUGGGAGAUGCUGGCCUGAAAAAUAACUUAAUAACAGCCAGCAAUGGAAGCCUGGUGUCUACAGGUUCCGCAGACUCUGAAAUGAGUGAAGAACAGAAGAAAGAGAAACUGUCUGAGCUGAGAAAAAAAGAGCAGGAGAUCCAAGAUAUUUUGGCGAAGAAAACAAAAGAACUGAAGAAGAUUUGUCUUAGAGAGGCGGAGCUCACUGGCAAGCUGCCAAAAGAGUAUCCCCUCUCUUCAGGUGAAAGACCGCCACACGUCAGACGGCGAGUUGGCACUGCUUUCAAGUUAGAUGAACUUUUCCCUUACAAUGAGGAUCCCUUCCUGAGGAACCUGGAGAGCAGAUUUGCCCUGCAGCAAAAGAUUGUGGAGGCAGCUAAAAAGCUUGCAAAUGAGCCAGAACUGUGCAAAACAGUCAAGAAGAAGAGGAGGAGAAACUGUUUAGAUGCCAUGCACAAACUCCAGCAGAUAGAGGAUGAGAUGAACCAGUACAGAAUCAAGAAGGGAAAGAAGCCCACACAGCGGGCCUCAGUGAUCAUUGCAGAUGAACUCGUCCGCUCAGACUGCAGCUCGCUGUCUAGUCUCCCACUGGAUGAUGAUGACUCAGAUGGUGUCAGUCAGAGGCCACGGUCACGGUCGGUGCAAGGUUCCCCUCAACUCAGUCCGAUGCGAUCGCUGGGAGCCGAAUAUGAUGUGGAAAGACAGGGAUCUCCAAGAGAAAUUCACCAUAGCAAGAACCACAGCAGAUUAGCUUUUGAAGGCCAGGAGGCUUCCCACUACUACCAGAAUCCAAGAGAGGUCUCCUCCACCCACAGUAGUCCCUAUAAAACCCUUCCCAGACCUCCUAGAGAUCCACGCAGCAUGCCUCCCACCCCGGUUAUGACCCGCAAUGCCUACAGCAGCAGCCAGCUCAGGUCGGAGGGGUCUUCUCAUUGCUUCAGGCAUCGCAGUGGAAGUCUGGAGUCACAGCCCCAUCUAAGAAAAGACACAGACUCAGAGAAGCCCGUCUUUAUCUUGUCACCAGCCCACCGCAGCAACAGCACAGAGGUGUUAGAGGAUUGCUCAUCCUACACCAGCCAGUCCAGUCUGGACUACUGCGGGGCGGCCAACUCCCACUACAGUACACUAGACUCCCGAACCUCAACCAUGCAUCGUCUCCACAGGAAGGUGGAAGUGUAUGGAAAUACUGGGAGUAUGCCCAAUUUGGUCCAGCACCAUUCUGGUUGUAGUUAUUCAUGUGAGACCUCAGCACACUAUGCACCCAGUGCCUACUAUGUCGCUGGCUACCCCUGCCCGGACAUGGAGCCUUACGCUAAUGGUGCCUAUGUGUAUGAAAAUGAUGUAGAGGGCCACUACAACGUCAACCCUUCCUACCAAAUAAAUGGGUUUCACGGACAUGACAGAUUCAGGCAUUACAGCAGUGACCGGGCAGAUAGUAUUUCCCAGAAUCCCUACGCAACUGUGAGGCCGCCGCGGAACAGAGAGGGGCCGAGAAAUGAGCUGCUGGCCAAGAACAUGCAGAAGGCCCUGGUGGCGGAGCAUCUGAAAGGCUGGUACCACCGAAGCAAGGGUCACAGGGAAGGAGGGAGGGGGAUGUUGACUGGAUAUGACUUCGACAGUGGCUCUCAGCUCAGCCUGGGCUACCAGACCAUGCCAGCCGCCUUCAGCCACUCCAGCAGAACCACCUCCUUUUCAUCAGUGUCCUCAGUGGAGAGCACAGGCAACUGGCGCAACCAGCUGGCAGUCGGCCUGACAGAGUACGAGUCACCCGACACACCUCAGUACCCACACCCAGGAGCUCCUGCUUCUCCGUACAACCGCAGUCCCACACACAACAGAUUUCACCUGGAUGGAAGCUACAUGAGCAUCCGCUGAAGAGGACCAAACCAAACAUUGGCACAAAAGCCAUGGUCAGCAGCACAUGAAGGGGAUGAAGUUGAAACACAGGCUGUACACAUGUUGCCAUAACCAUGUCUUGGGAGAUGUUCAUCUGUUUUGGCAGAGUCUAUGUGUACGCUGUCCUCAUGUUAAAGUAACCUCUGAACACAGUGAUGACACUCUUGAAUGACUUUCCCAUGUGCCUUGGAUUGGAUGAAUUGUACAGGCAGAUGAGAAUGUGUCAAGAAACUUUAAGGUGUUGCACAACCACACUGGAUUCAAACCCUAUUGUGUUUUAAAUAUGAAAAAAGAGACAACAUGUGUUUUUACUGAACUCCAUGUAUUUUAACAAGAACUAGCUACUGCCUUAUACAAAACAGUAGGUUAUAGAAUAAAGAUGAUUUUCACCACUUUCAUCUCAUUAAGUAUGAUAAAAUAAUAAUUACAUAUUUCAUCCAAAUUGAAAACAAAGCUUGAACAUGUUCACAGUGUGACAUGACAAGAACUGAAUUGAUCAUUCAUUAGAGCAGACUGUGUCUUCGAUGAAUUUCCAUUUCUUACUUUCUUUAAACUUUGAAUCAGAAUGUAUUAUGUCAAUAUUGUUUAUAGAAUCAUUUGUCUUUCUUGGUGCCGUAAUGUGUUUUAAAAUGCAUGGUAAGAAUAUUGAUUUUUUUUUUUAAAUAAGAACUUGUUUUUAUAUUAACAGACCACUGCCGUAAAAUCCAUAUUCAUGUCUUGUUGUUUGUUUUUUCACACAUUUGUACAGUCAGUGUGUAGUUAUAUGUUGUUAGAUGUUGUCAUAAAAUAUUUUCCACUGGGAACAAGGAUGUGAAUAAAUACAUGUGUGACACAUAAA